AUGUCAAAUGCUUUCGCCGUAACAACAGUACUGCUGCUACUUGUAUUGGUAGAUAUCAUGGGCAAUUCGCUUGUUUGUGCGAUAAUAUGGAAAAAUAGAAAUUUAAGGACGCCCAUAAAUGUUCUAAUUUUUAACCUCGCUGUGGGGGAUGCCCUCUUCGCAGCAUUGAUUGCACCAAAACUGAUUGUGAGUGUCAACUUAAGGCACCCAGAAGGUUGGAUUGGUUCGAUUUUGUGCACGUUCAUUACUGGUGGAGGCUUUGCAUGGAUUGCCGCAUUUUGUUCCACUUAUACUCUGGUUGCAAUCGCCGUGGAAAGAUAUUAUGCAGUAAUUGAUCCGCGUGGCAAAAGAUGGACACUCACCAAUCGUAAACUGAAGAUUAUGAUAACUGCCGCCUGGAUUAUUUCAGCGAUGUACAACAUCCCCAAUAUCACUUACAUGAGAGUCGCCAACGGCGUAUGCUAUGAAAUGUGGCCCGACGAUUGGAAGAUAAAGGCUUUCUCUUUGUCUGUCACCACGCAAGUAAUUAUUGCCUUAGUUUUGAUGGUUUCGCUGUACUCCAGAGUUAUUUUUGCCUUGUGGUUUAAACGAAAUGGUACUGAUGCGGUGACAUCUCAGCAAAAAGGUAUGAUGAGAGUCCGGAAGCGGGUCACUUUAAUGGCUGUAGUCGUCAGCAUCAUUUUCGGAAUAAGCUGGGGCACAAUCCAGUUCCUUUAUACUUUGCAUUUAUUCUCUUCUUAUCAGAUGAAUCAUAUUAUGUAUGCAGUUUCCAACUUGAUGGUAUUAUUCAACUCUGCUAUCAACCCUUUCGUAUAUGCCCUGCUCAACCACAACUUCAGACGGAAAGUGAAGGCAAUUCUCCGAUACCCCAAAGCAAAAGUUGACGUGACGAGUCAGAUACAAACCUACCAUGUUGUCAACACAAAAAAGCCUUCAAAUAUUCGUGAUUCUUCAAACAAUUUUAGGGCGUCUGAAACUUAGGAUCGAAAUGAUAAAUUGUACUUUUUUCUGACUUUACAGUCAACUUACACCUUCUCUAGAAUUCUGAAACGUAUCUUAUUAGACGUUAUGGUGUGUACUAUCGCUGAGUAUUUUUAUAAGUUGUGCCGAAUUUUGACGAGCUGAUAGGGCGAGUAAAAAUUCAAACAACGAGUAAAACUAAUUCGACGAUACUACACACUAAAACGUCUGAAAAGUCAUCCAACUGUCCAAAUAACCGUAGAAUAUCGCAGGAUAUUUGUAUUCCAUUCGCGCAUUAUUUGUACUCUACUUUGUGCCGUUGGAUAAAAAAAUAGUAUAGUGCAGUUGUUGGUUUUGUCUAUAUAUUCCACCUCCAGUGACGUAAAGGAGUUUGAACACUCCUACCAGCUUGCGCAUGAUCAGAACGAACCAAUCACCAGUUUAUGGAAAGGCUGCGUAGACAGCUAUAUGGAAUGGCGGUUCUAGGAAAACAGACAAGAAGUCGUCCCCGCCCGUGGCUUACGAAAUCAAGAUUGAAGACAAUAUUUUCGGUUCCCUCACAAACUUGAACAAACCUUUUGGUUCUUCAAAUGAAA